AACAUGAACUUUUUUGGGUUUUCUAUAUUUUUUUUUUUUUUAUAUAUAUACAUAUAUUUUUUUUUUUUUUUUUGAAGUAAAAAAAGUUUAAAUUGAGCUAAUGGAUGUUUCGAAAUUAUGUAUUAAUGAGGAUGUUGUUAAUUCCAGUUCACCACCAAUAAAUAGACCUCGUUUAUUACCGACUCACGAAGACGAAAAUGUAAAUAAUAAUAAUUCAACCUUAUACCAGAAUACUCCCCAAUUCACCUAUCAACAAAAUUAUCAACUACAACAUCGAAAUCUAAAGAACUAUACGUUUCUACAGCAGAUACAGCCACCUCCUCCACCUCCGCUACCUUCUUCCACCAACACAUCGAAUUAUCCUCCUCCUCCGUUACCAUCGUUACCACCCAUCUCCUAUCCGACCGUUACCUAUGCUACACAACCACCGCCGGACAACAGCACUAAGCUUAAUCAGCUGUUGGAACAGUGUAACCUGAUUCAUUCAAGGAUUGGCAAAUACCGUGUCGAUCCACUGACAGAAUCAGAAAGAAGUCAAAUUAUUGAUCAAGUGUAUUAUACAGCCGAGACCAUGCUGGCCUCCAUUAAAGAACUACAGUCUGAAGAAACCCACGACAAUGAUAUCAAUAUGAUGGACGAUGUAUCCGAAUCCUCAAUGAAUAAUAAUAAUAAUAAUAGAAUGAACGAUGAUUCGCAAACUGACGAAUAUAAAAUGAUUAGACAAGCCCGAAACCUACAAGAUGCCAAUGCUAGACCGAAAUACCGUCGAAGAAGCAAACGUAGCAUGAUUGGACAACGAUGUCAUUCGUGUAAUACCACAGAGACACCCGAAUGGCGAAGAGGACCAGAUGGAGCUCGAACUCUAUGUAAUGCAUGCGGGUUGCAUUAUUCCAAGCUGCUAAGAAAGGGAUCGAUGACAGUUCAAACACAUAAUUUUGCUUUAGACAGUCCGCCAGGAAUUCAAAUACCUACUCGAAUCAUUCAAUAUCCUUGUCCUUCUCCAUCCCUGAUAAAAAAUAAUGACGAUAUGGAUGAUCGAUCUUAAAAAAAUAAAAAAUAAAAAAUUACGCACUAAAAAAAUAAAAAAAAAUAAAAACCCC